CAGUUUCUUGGAGACUUGACAGCAGCCGAGGGUAGAGGAAAUCUGGGAGUUGCUGUGUAAUAAGAAGCAAAGUCUAGAGCGGAGAGGCGACCACAAAGUACCAAAGGAGCGGAGUAGAAAAGUGGGCUUUAUUUUUCUAGAGCCGUUUCAAAGGAAUCCUGGGGGAGCCCUGCAGAGGGGCAAAGGCCAAGGCUCCCCCAGAGUCCGAAGGUUGGGCCCAGGAGAAAGGAGGCCAGGAGCUACAUCAUCCCAGGUAUUCAACAACAAAGAAUAUUCACUGGACUCGUGCCAGGCAUUGUGGAGGCAGCGAUGGACGAGAUAAACCUGGCUCUGCCCUCAGGGAGCUUUUAGUCUAACGGGGAAAUAACAGAAAAUCUGAAGGAAUGAGAACAUAUCUAGAUGGAAAACAAGUUCUAUUUUGAACCUGUUGAGUGUGAGCUGUGCCUCAUGAGAUCAUAACCACAGCCCCUUGGAAGGAGAAAAGGGAUGGUCUCCACGAGUGGACACACUGGCCUUUGAUAGAUGAACUUCAUAAUCAUCAAUUUAAGGAUAUCCUGGUGAUCUUAGAAGAGCCUGCAUCAUGGAAUCCAUCUCUAUGAUGGGAAGCCCUAAGAGCCUUAGUGAGACUUUUUUGCCUAAUGGCAUAAAUGGUAUCAAAGACGCAAGGAAGGUCACUGUAGGUGUGAUUGGAAGUGGGGAUUUCGCCAAAUCCUUGACCAUCCGACUUAUUAGAUGUGGCUAUCAUGUGGUCAUCGGAAGUAGAAAUCCUAAAUUUGCUUCUGAAUUUUUUCCUCAUGUGGUAGAUGUCACUCAUCAUGAAGAUGCACUAACAAAAACAAAUAUAAUCUUUAUCGCUAUACACCGAGAGCAUUACACCUCCCUGUGGGACCUGAGGCAUUUGCUGGUGGGUAAAAUCCUGAUUGAUGUGAGCAAUAACAUGAGGAUAAACCAAUACCCAGAAUCCAAUGCUGAAUACUUGGCUUCCUUAUUCCCGGAUUCACUGAUCGUCAAAGGGUUUAAUGUCAUCUCAGCCUGGACACUUCAGCUAGGACCUAAGGAUGCCAGCCGGCAGGUUUAUAUUUGCAGCAACAAUAUUCAAGCUCGACAACAGGUUAUUGAACUUGCCCGGCAUUUGAAUUUUAUACCCGUUGACUUGGGAUCAUUAUCAUCAGCGAGGGAGAUUGAAAAUUUACCUCUGCGACUGUUUACUCUCUGGAGAGGGCCAGUGGUGGUAGCCAUCAGCCUGGCCACAUUUUUCUUUCUUUAUUCCUUUGUCCGAGAUGUGAUACAUCCAUAUGCUAGAAACCAGCAGAGUGACUUCUACAAGAUUCCUAUUGAAAUUGUGAAUAAGACCUUGCCCAUAGUUGCCAUUACUUUGCUGUCCCUGGUGUACCUAGCAGGUCUCCUGGCAGCUGCUUAUCAACUUUAUUAUGGAACCAAGUAUAGGAGAUUUCCACCUUGGCUGGAGACCUGGUUACAGUGUAGAAAACAGCUUGGGUUACUAAGUUUUUUCUUUGCUUCAGUCCAUGUUGCCUACAGCCUCUGCUUACCAAUGAGAAGGUCAGAGAGAUACUUAUUUCUCAACAUGGCUUAUCAGCAGGUUCGUGCAAAUAUCGAAAACUCUUGGAAUGAAGAAGAAGUUUGGAGAAUUGAAAUGUACAUCUCCUUUGGCAUAAUGAGCCUGGGCUUGCUCUCCCUCCUGGCUGUCACCUCCAUCCCUUCGGUGAGCAAUGCUCUAAACUGGAGGGAGUUCAGUUUCAUUCAGUCCACACUUGGUUAUGUCGCUCUACUCAUAAGCACUUUCCACGUUUUAAUUUACGGAUGGAAACGAGCUUUCGAAGAAGAGUACUACAGGUUUUACACACCACCAAACUUCGUUCUUGCUCUUGUUCUGCCUUCAAUUGUAAUUCUGGGAAAGAGCAUUUUACUUCUUCCAUGCAUAAGCCAAAAGCUAAGGAGAAUUAAAAAGGGCUGGGAAAAGAGCCAGUUUCGAGAAGAAGGUAUUGGAGGAGCAGUUCCUCACCUCUCGCCGGAGAGGGUCACGGUAUUGACAUCCUGGAGAGUGAGUGUGGUUGUUAAAUUGUGGAGUAAUCCACAGUUACUUACCUGUGGGGAGGAUCUUGGCUGGGACGUGACCCUGGAGACCCAUGGCAGUCCAUGUGCCUCUCACUGCGGUAAGAGACUCCAACAGAGAUGAUAGGACCAUGGCAGUUUUAAUAAGUGGUCCUUCCGAAGCUUAAACAGUCCCAGUAGGUUGGUCAUCUCCUUUUCUCUCUUGAGAAGCCCUCCUGUGUGCUCAGCCAUUCAUUCGGAAGCAGUUCACAAGCAUGAAGGAUGUUAGGAUAAGUUAAUUAUAAAUCUACUCUAGAGACAUAUAAUCACACAAAUUAUUCAUAAAUUUUUCAGUGCUGACAUUCCACAUUAAAACUGCAUUUCAUUCAAAUUUUGGUUGGAAUGCCCUACAUUCUCUUCUCCUGAGCUUUUUCCUAUUUAAAAAUUGCAGACAAGGUAAUAUUAUAUACAUUCCUUCGAAAUUAUAACAUUUCUAAACUUACCCUCUGAAGUACUACUGACUCCAGCUGCCAAAAAUAAAAGGAAUUGUACCUCGCGGAGGCUGCCUUGUCCGCCAGUGGCUCGCUCCCUACUGCACGUGAUGGCAGUUUGUAAAUCACUCAUGGUUCUCUGAUGCUCUUGGUGAGUUUUCAAAUAGCUUUUACUUUUCAGCUGAGCUCUGUUUUCUUUAGCUGUAGUCCUCCCCUCUUGAUAAUCACUUACUUGUUAGCUCUUAGUAGGAAUUCAGUUGGAAAAUAACUUUAAAGGUAAACACCUACAAACUAUUAUAAACUAGUGAAAUUAACAUCAUAUUUUCAAUACUUUCUUCUUCCUUAAGUUUUACUGUCUUAAGAUGAUGUUCACCAUUUUAUGUGAAAAGGCAGUGAAAUACUUUUAAAAGUUAGAUGAUUAUUGAAGUAUAUUGUUGCACAUAUAUAUUAAGUGGCCAAUAAUAGAAAUAUAAAUAAGUAUGAGAGAUAUGUGGGGUCUUUAAAAAUAUGAAAAAAAACAGUUUAUGAAAAUGUAUAUAAGAUGUGACUUGUUUCAAAUGCUAUUUCCUUUCCUCUUUUACAGAGAUGAAAUUAAUUUAGAAGUUUUAGAAUAAAUGUAAUAUAUUCAUUAUAAUUCUAGAUAUUUAAAAGCUUUUCUAAAAUGCAAAAAUAUUGACUUAAUUGCUUUAUUUAAUUGACUUUUAAUAACCUUAUUUUACUAUUUCCUACGUGAUUAUUUUUCUUCAUCAGUAUAAUUAUUUUUUUAAAAAGUCAUUACUCUGGCCUCAGAAGUAGGACUGAAUUCUUUUCUUUUCGGAUGUGAGAAAGUGUUGGGUACUUUGAAGUAUCAGGGAUUUGUUUUCUAAUUUGUAUUUCGAGAAGUGCCCCUGUGAAAAUGAUAAGAAUGUAGAAAAUAUAUCCAGUAUUAACCUAUGCAAAAAAAAAAUAUCUAGUAAUUUUUUCCUAAAAAGAAAAUAAUCCUGGACUGAAUCAUGCUACUUUGCUUUUAUUGUGCAAAUGUCUUAUGUUUCCUCUAUUAAUAAUUUUUAAAAUCAUGUUUAAAUAUGAAUAUAUUCAUGCUAGCAUAUAUUUUUCAAAACAUAUAUGGAUAUUUAGCUGAGCUUGCCUACCUGUAGAGAUUUUUAUUUAAAUUUUAAAAUAUUCUAAACAACAACUAAAUUCUAUUUAUAGGCAUUUAUUAGAGACGAUUCUUCUGUGCUGCCUGUGGGCCGGCAGAUGAGCCCAGGGUAGGGCCACUCGGUUAUUUUCUUAUAAAUUGGCAUGAACCUGACUAAGGAGUUUUGCUUUCUCAAUUAAUUUGAUACUAGUAACAUAAGGUAUAUUCAUACAGUCAAAUUAUGAAAAUAAUUUGUGUAAAAGGGCUUCAAGAAUAUAUCAUACCCAUUUUUGUAUUGUUUAUCUCCUAUAUAAUAUGAUGAAACCUUAAUUCUUUUUAAUUACCUUUUGCCAUUAAGCUGUUUCAUAAUAAAUUCCGCACAAAGCGUUCCCCCCC